AAAGGACUGGACCUCGACCUGACGACCCCGACAUGGAUCUUUAUCACUCCACUGCGUUUUGAUCUGAACCUGAGGAAGAGCGUCGGUGGCUCCAGUGAUGGCUGCUGGGAGGAGGGAGGGAGGCUGGGGCCUGGGUGGAUCGUCGGCUGCUUCAUGGUGACCGUCUGCACCAGGGCUGUGACCAGGUGCAUCUCCAUCUUCUUCCUGGAGUUUCAGGCUGAGUUCGGAGCAGACUACGCAGCGACGGCCUGGAUCCACAGCCUGGUGGACUGCACCACCAUGUUGUGUGCUCCUGUUGGCAGUCUGGUGGGGAACCGGUGGUCCCCUCGGGUGGCGGUGAUGGGGGGGGGGCUCCUCUCCUCCGUCGGGCUGCUGCUCAGCUCCUUCUCCAACAGCCUGGAGCUGCUGUACCUCACCAUGGGGGUCCUGACAGGCCUGGGCUUCGCGCUCUGCUACACGCCGGCCAUAGCGAUGGUGGGCUGUUACUUCGGGCGCAGGCAGGCGCUGGCGUACGGGCUGGCCAUGUCGGGCUCAGGCAUCGGGACCUUCGUGCUGGCGCCGGCGGUGCAGCUGCUGAUCGAGCGGUACUCCUGGAGGGGGGCGCUGCUGGUGCUGAGCGCCUUCGUGGCCAAUCUGUGCGUCUGUGGGGCGCUGAUGCGACCAAUCACAGCGCAGGAGGAGGACGAGGAAGAAGGGGAGAAACCAGGACUCGUCUCAGACGCUGAGCUCGCCCUGAAGCUCAGAGAGUCGGAUGACAUCAUCAAGUCUCCAGAAACCACCAUCGCCCCCCCGUCGGCGCAGAGGAGGCGCUGCUUCACUUCCUGCUUCCUGUCCAGCGAGGAGUUCCGCUUCCUGUUGCUGCCGGACUUCCUGUGCCUGGCCGUGUCCUUCCUGUUCCUGGCCAGCGGCUGCAGCCUCCCCUUCGUGUACCUGGUCCCCUACGCGCUGAGCGCCGGCGUCAGACACCAGCAGGCGGCGUUCCUCAUGUCCAUCCUCGGGGUUCUGGACAUCGUGGGGAACGUCACCUUCGGGUGGCUCACCGACAGGAGGUGUCUGAAGGCGUACCGGCUGCCGUGCUACGUGCUAGCGGUAGCGAUGGAGGGUCUCUGCUGCCUCUUCGUCCCGCUGCUGCGAUCCUUCCAGCUUCUCGUUCCCUUCGCCGUUCUCUACGGAUACUUCGACGGCGCCUACGUGGCUCUGAUCCCGGUGGUGAUCUCGGACGUGGUCGGAGCGCCGUACCUUUCCUCUGCGCUCGGAGUGGUUUACUUCCUGCACGCCAUCCCCUACCUGCUCAGCCCGCCGGUCGGAGGUUGGCUCGUGGACGUCACAGGAAGUUACUCUCCGACGUUCUUCCUCAGCAGCGCCGCCCUGCUGGCCAGCGCCGCCGUGAUCUCUGCGAUCACCGGGAUCCGACGCUGCCGCCGACACCUGAACGCCUCAGAGGACAAGCCACGCCCCCUCUGCCUGCCCGACCAAUCAGAGCGCCCCGUCAGUCCGGCCGGGGCCACGUAGCCUCGGGGGGGAAAUGGGAUUUAAUCCAGACGGCGACUUUAAACCCGGAGAUACUGGUUGGGUUUCUUUAACGAUGGACGUCUAAAUGGAUUUAACGAGGGGUCUUAACGAGGGUCUUAACGAGGGUCUUAACGAGCGUCUUAACGAGCAGGACGACUCGGCUCAGAGGAACUGAAUGAACUAUUAGAGAGUUUUUGAUGGCAAACUGAAGUCGUCCUCGUCUGAAGAACCGGAGAUAAAUGAAUAAUUAAACCAAAUGUUCUCAUGUUUUUAAUUAUUAGAGAAACUGCUGAAAUGUGUUUUUGUUUGAAACCUUAAAACUAUAAAUAACCACAGAGCAGAUUGAACAAAACGACUUUCAAUGAGACCGGUUUAUUUUGAGCUUUAAAAAAUAUAGUGUUUUGAAUAAAUACAAAAUUGGGAGAAAAUGUGAUAUUUAAUUACAUUUUGAAAAAGAUAACAAUUAAAUACUAAAUGAAUAAAUAAUACAUAUUCUUUAAAACAUUGAUUUCUGUAUUUGAUUUAGUUUGAGAAGCUGCUGUUGAUGAAAUGUCUCAGGGUUUGAUCUCAGGUACGCCAGGUGAGCUCAGGUGCGCCAGGUGAGCACAGGUACGCCAGGUGAGCACAGGUACGCCAGGUGAGCUCAGGUACGCCAGGUGAGCUCAGGUACGCCAGGUGAGCACAGGUACGCCAGGUGAGCUCAGGUACGCCAGGUGAGCUCAGGUGCGCCAGGUGAGCACAGGUACGCCAGGUGAGCUCAGGUACGCCAGGUGAGCACAGGUACGCCAGGUGAGCACAGGUACGCCAGGUGAGCUCAGGUACGCCAGGUGAGCACAGGUACGCCAGGUGAGCUCAGGUACGCCAGGUGAGCACAGGUACGCCAGGUGAGCUCAGGUACGCCAGGUGAGCACAGGCACGCCAGGUGAGCACAGGUACGCCAGGUGAGCUCAGGUGCCUAAAUGUUCCCUCAGUGCGAACAUGGAUCAUGUUUCGUUGAUAAAAUGUGUGAUUUGUAUUUUUGUAAUUGUUGCUUUGAAUGGGUUUUAAUGGGGGAAUUUUUUACUGUUUGUAUUUCUGAUUUAUAUUCUGUGUUUUAUUAAUCAAUAAAACAGCAAAGUGAUGUUCAGAUGAAAAGGCCCUGAGUGAUGUUCAGAUGAAAAGGCCCUGAGUGAUGUUCAGAUGAAAAGGCCCUGAGUGAUGUUCAGAUGAAAAGGCCCUGAGUGAUGUUCAGAUGAAAAGGCCCUGAGUGAUGUUCAGAUGAAAAGGCCCUGAGUGAUGUUCAGAUGAAAAGGCCCUGAGUGAUGUUCAGAUGAAAAGGCCCCGAGUGAUGUGCAAAGGGUUAAAGUCUCACGAGUCGGAUAUAAACUGUCUCUUUAAUAUACAUGUUCUGUAGCUGGAGGAACAUCAACGACGGAGAGUCACUGAUUCAAAGCUCUCCAACAGGGCGACUGUGGCUGCGAGGGAGUGCGUCGUCUUUCAACCAGAAGGUUGUGGGUUCGAUCCCAGCCCCUGCAGUCAACAUGUCGAUGUAUCCUUGGGCGAGAUACUGAACCCGUGGUUGCUGAUUGGCUAAUGGUUACACAAGCCAAGCAUGACAUCAGUUCAGGUUUUGUUUACACGUUAUUCGCCAAACCAGGAAUCUACAGAAUAAUCGAAUAAAACAAAUGAAAUAAAAGUGAACGUUGAUUUCUGAA